CGCUACCGCCGGAGCGGAGACCAGAGCCGUGAGCGCCACCAGGGCAGCAGCCGCCGCCGCUGGGCUGAGAAGCCGGAGACGCGGGCUGACGAGGUGGCGGCGGCGGCGGAGCGGGAGCGGGGACCGGGCGCGGGCCGAGCGCGGCGGCGCGGGUGUAAUUCAGAGAGCAGUCUUCAAACCUUUGCCGUAUUGACUCUGAGUUGUCAGGGGACUCAGGCUUAUGAGGAGGUACUGUCACAUAAAACAGUGUCUGGUGAAGACAACAAGAAAGAGGGGAAAGGAUCGGAAAAAGAAGCUAAAACACUGUAGAAAACCAUGAGAUCUAUUAGAUCUUUUGCCAAUGAUGAUCGCCAUGUUAUGGUGAAACAUUCAACAAUCUAUCCAUCUCCAGAGGAACUUGAAGCUGUUCAGAAUAUGGUGUCUACUGUUGAAUGUGCUCUUAAACAUGUCUCAGAUUGGCUGGAUGAAACAAACAAAGGCACAAAAACAGAGGGGGAGACAGAAGUGAAGAAGGAUGAAGCCACAGACACCUGUGCCAAGGAUCAAGGUGGUCGGACAUUGUGUGGUGUAAUGAGAAUUGGCCUGGUUGCAAAAGGCUUGCUGAUUAAAGAUGACAUGGACUUGGAGCUGGUUUUAAUGUGCAAAGACAAACCCACAGAGACCCUGUUAAAUACAGUCAAAGAUAAUCUUCCUAUUCAGAUUCAGAAACUCACAGAAGAGAAGUAUGAAGUGGAACAACGUGUAGAUGAGGCAUCUAUUGUAAUUCGGAAUACAAAAGAGCCCACGCUAACUUUGAAGGUGAUACUUACUUCCCCUCUAAUUAGGGAUGAAUUGGAGAAAAAGGAUGGAGAAAAGGUUGCGAUGAAAGAUCCUCCAGACUUAUUGGACAGGCAGAAAUGCCUGAACGCCUUGGCGUCUCUUCGACAUGCCAAAUGGUUUCAGGCAAGGGCAAAUGGAUUAAAAUCAUGUGUCAUUGUCCUUCGCAUUCUGCGUGAUUUGUGCAACAGAGUCCCCACAUGGGCACCAUUAAAAGGAUGGCCACUAGAGCUUAUAUGUGAAAAGUCUAUAGGUACUUGUAAUAGACCUUUGGGCGCUGGGGAGGCCUUGAGACGAGUAAUGGAGUGUUUGGCAUCUGGAAUACUACUUCCUGGGGGUCCUGGUCUUCAUGAUCCUUGUGAGCGAGACCCAACAGAUGCUCUGAACUAUAUGACCAUCCAGCAAAAAGAAGAUAUUACCCAUAGUGCCCAGCAUGCACUAAGACUGUCAGCCUUUGGUCAGAUUUAUAAAGUGCUGGAGAUGGACCCCCUUCCAUCUAGUAAGCCUUUUCAAAAAUACUCCUGGUCAGUUACCGAUAAAGAAGGUGCUGGAUCUUCAGCUUUGAAGAGACCAUUUGAAGAUGGAUUAGGAGAUGAUAAAGAUCCCAAUAAGAAGAUGAAACGGAACUUAAGGAAAAUUCUGGAUAGUAAAGCAAUAGAUCUUAUGAAUGCGCUAAUGAGGCUAAAUCAGAUCAGGCCUGGGCUUCAGUAUAAGCUCUUAUCUCAGUCUGGCCCUGUCCAUGCCCCAGUCUUCACAAUGUCUGUAGAUGUGGAUGGUACAACAUACGAAGCCUCGGGACCAUCCAAGAAAACAGCAAAGCUUCAUGUAGCAGUGAAGGUAUUGCAGGCAAUGGGAUACCCAACAGGGUUUGAUGCAGAUAUUGAAUGUAUGAGUUCCGAUGAAAAAUCAGAUAAUGAAAGCAAAAAUGAAACAGUGUCUUCAAAUUCAAGCAAUAAUACUGGAAAUUCUACAACUGAAACCUCCAGUACCUUAGAGGUAAGAACUCAGGGCCCUAUCCUCACAGCAAGUGGCAAAAAUCCUGUAAUGGAGCUCAAUGAAAAAAGAAGAGGCCUGAAGUAUGAACUCAUCUCAGAGACUGGUGGAAGCCAUGACAAGCGCUUUGUGAUGGAGGUAGAAGUAGACGGACAGAAAUUCAGAGGUGCAGGUCCAAAUAAGAAAGUGGCAAAGGCGAGUGCAGCAUUAGCUGCCCUGGAGAAGCUGUUUUCUGGACCCAAUGCAGCAAAUAAUAAGAAAAAGAAGAUUAUCCCUCAGGCAAAGGGCAUUGUGAAUACAGCAGUGUCUGCAGCAGUCCAGGCUGUUCGGGGCAGAGGAAGAGGGACUCUAACAAGAGGAGCUUUCGUUGGGGCUGCAGCUGCUCCUGGCUACAUAGCUCCAGGCUAUGGAACACCAUAUGGCUACAGCACAGCUGCCCCUGCCUAUGGUGGUUUUUUCAUUGAAAGCCCCUAUUGCCAGCCUCUGAGCGUCGCACCAUUUAUUAUUCACUUGGGCCCUCAAGAUUUCUUCUCUGACUUCUAGAACCAUCAGGUUGUCUGGCUUGAAAUGGCAAUUUCUAUGUCUUGGUCUUAAGAGCAAUGUGACCCAUGAGGCUUUCCAGCUCUCAGACACACCACUCUGGUACCUUCUUUUGGAAAGCAAUGACUGAACAUUUUAAAGAAGAGCAAUACUUUACUCAAAGCCACGGUGUCUGUCCUAAAACUUUCUUUGGAAACCUAGCAAUAUCUGUACUUGACUCCUCCUAGUGUAGUCUCUUGUCAGGGAGUUUACAAACCAAUGUAGAAUUUAGAAUUAGUGUGUGAGCUGUGCUAUAUCUUCUGACCGUUUUUAAACUUUUUUAGCAUAUAAAUUGGGUAGUUGCAUUCCUGACUGUGUCAGUUAGUGCUAUCAUAAUUUCUCAGAGAUAGGGGUUCUUGAAGCCAUAUUCUUUGCAUGGAGGCUGGUGCCCAGCCCUGGAUGUGGCCUGUAGCCUGUGGUCCUUCAGGCUCAGGAGCACCCCAUCUCCUGUGCAAGGAAAUGGUCCAGUGGUUUCCCACAUACCUCACGCAGACUUGCUGCCGUGCCUGGUGCAGUGCAGUGCUGAGUCCUGAGGUCAUCUGUGGUCCUCUCCAUCUGUUAGCCCAGGGGACACAACCUGACAGAUUGUCCUGGUAUUAACCUUUUCUUCUU